AUUCAUAAGACAUCAACACUCAUUCCAAAACAUUUACGCUCAUGCUUUCGGAUUUAAUUCACUUUGUAACAACACUAGUGGAGAGAAGAAUUUACAUCUAUCAUAUCCAUCUUGUAUUGCUUGAAAAGUGAAGCAAACAAAUUCUGAAAACAGAAAUGAUAGACUCUGAUUCAAUCACCUGGUCAGCCUUAGAGGAAGUGAUAAAAAAGGCACAAUUAAUGGAUCCACCAUAUGUUCGUAUAGUAGAACAACCAUCUCCAAGCAACUUUAGGUUUCGCUAUGAACGUGAAUAUGAAGACCGAUGUGGUUGCAUUGGUAACCUAGUUGGUAUUAAUUCGACAUACGAAAAAAGAACUUUUCCAAAAAUACAGGUCAUGAACUGCAAAGGCUCUUUUGCUGUAGUCGUAUCUUGUGUGACUAAAGAUGGACCUCCGUAUCGGCCUCAUCCUAAUAAAAUAGUAGAGAACCUUAAGAAAGAAGCUUAUCAUAAAUUAGAAGACGAAGAAAGAAGAGGGAUAUAUUGUAAAAUUAUAAAAAACUCUACCAUGACAUGCAGCUUUCCAAAUCUCGGCAUCCUUUCUGUGAAAAAACAAGACAUUCCAAAAUCCCUGAAACUGAGAGAGAAAUAUCUUGUGGAUCCUUUUGGAACUGGAUUUGAUUAUACGAAGGAUAUUGAUUUGAAUAUUUUGCGUUUAUGUUUUCAAGUACUUCUUAAAGAUUCAGAAGGCAAAUAUAAGAUACGAGUCCCUCCAGUUGUUUCUGAACCAAUUUAUGAUAGAAAAUCCAUAUCGGAUUUGACUAUCAUGAAAUUUAGUCAUUAUUCAGCUCCUGCAACUGGUGGAACUGAAGUUAUACUUCUUUGUGACCGUGUUCCUAAAGAGAGCAUACAAAUUUGGUUUUAUGAAGUGCAUGAUUCCAAUGUAAUAUGGGAGAGUCCUGCUGAAUUUCAUCCCAGCGAUAUUCAUAAACAAGUAGCCAUUUCAUUCCGGAUCCCUCGCUACCAUAAUGAGAAUCUACAACAGCCUGUAUCUGUUUACGUCGAACUUCGAGAUGAGAACAGGAAAGGGAAACCAAGACCAUUCCAGUAUUUGCCAAUGGAGAGAGAUCCAGAUGGUAUUGCAUGUAAAAGGAAAAAAGUCAAAGAACGCAUUGAUCUUGAGAGGCUUUUUCAAGGGAAUAUUCUGAGUGGAGGUUCCAUUCCACAAGAACGUCAAAUGGCAAUUGGAAUUCCUCGAUUAUCCAGACAAUCAACAAAUAGUCUUAGAGCUGGAACUUCAUCAGUUAGUGGUGCUCCUGGUUCUGCUGAUGCAUUUGCUGGAACUCCAAUAUUUUUUGCAUCUGAAUCUUCUGGAGCAUCGGCAUUCCCUCCAGUACCUGUAUCUGUCCCUACUUGUUCAAAUCUAUCGCAAGUACCAACAUUUUUUGCCUCAGAAUCUUCUAGAGGAGCAGUAUUUCAAUCAAUUCCCGUAAGUGCCUCAAGUUCCACGCAUAUAGCACAAGCGCCUGCAUUUUUUGCAUCAGAAUCUUAUGGAGCAUCAGUAUUAUCUCCAGAACUUGAACGUACUAAUAUCUCAACGUCGGCCCAUUCACCACAAGCAUAUUCGACCUACGUUACAAUUUCUCCUACAGAUCAUAACUAUUCAUCAGUUAUUCCUUCGCCGGAAUCAAUGAUACCAACCAUCAAUCAUCAAAUGAUGCCUGCCUCGAAACCAAUAACGGCACCAGUCAAGGAUCAAAUGAUGACGAUUUUAGAAUCAUCGCCGGACGAGUAUCAAAUGAGGCCAACUUCAGAAUCAUCUAACGAAGAAAAUGUUCAGUCUGAUGUCGAUAAUGACAUGAUAUUGAAAUUGGACAGUAUGGAUCUGGACACUUUAGACGCAGACCUACCUCAGAAUUUUUCUGCAAGCAUGUUUCUUAACAAUUUAAAUUUUCCAGAACAUAAUUAACAAGACCAAUACAAACUGAAACAAUAAAAAAUAAAUUUACAAUUUAUUAAUCAUUAGAAUUUAUGUUUAAUCAGUAAAACUAGAGCACCAUGAAUUUGUACUAUUAUACAAAUACUGACAAAUUAUUUAUGGCAGAAAAAACGAAGUGCGAAAAUUAUUUUAUUGCUAUAAAAA